AUGGCCGAAAAGGGUCUUGCGAACCGAAGUAGCAGCAGCCUCGAUAACGGUUCGCCAGAAGUUUCGCAGCAUAAAUCUCCCCUGGACGCUCGGAACAUUGACAAGUACCACUUAAAUGCAUCCGCGGACGACAAGGUACAGCGUAAGCUGAAGCAGCGCCAUGUGCAAAUGAUUGCGAUAGCAGGCACCAUUGGUACUGGCUUGUUUCUUGGGUCCGGCGCUGCUUUACGUGGCGCUGGUCCACUCGGGGCACUUAUCGCAUACGCUCUGGUCGGAACAGUGGCCUAUUCGUCAUUGUGCGCUAUUGGGGAGCUGUCAACACAUGCGCCCAUAUCGGGGACGUUUCCACACUUUGCAUCCCGCUGGGUGGACCCUGCCUUCGGAUUUGCAGUCGGCUGGGUUUACUUCUGGUCUAGCGCCAUAUCGACACCGGUAGAAAUCACGGCAGCCACCAUCCUGCUAACCUUUUGGGAUGAUAAUGCGAAUCAUCUGCCCAUAUAUACUGCUGUCAUAUGUGUUGCGGUUUGUGCUAUCAAUAUCUUCGGUGUCAAGUAUUUCGGCGAAUUUACGUUGAUAACUGGUCUUAUUAUCUGCGGUCUCGUUAUUGAUCUCGGCGGUGCGCCAAACCGGGAUCGUAUUGGCUUUCGUUACUGGCGGAAUCCUGGUGCUCUGGCUAGGGCCGGUCUCGUUGACAACCUCCACACCGACCGGUUUUUAGCCAUACUCAGUGUGAUUGUUCAAGCAGCGUUCUCGUUUCAGGGGAUGGAGCUAGUUGCCAUUGCUGCGUCAGAAACUGAGAAUCCCAGACGAAACAUUGCCAAAGCUGUUCGCCGUGUAUUCUACCGCAUCAUCUUAUUCUAUGUACUUGGUAUCCUUAUCAUCGGCAUGUGCGUCUCUUCAGAUGAUCCUGCGCUGUUGCAAGACACUGGCAACGCAGCAGAAUCGCCAUUCGUUAUUGCAAUCAACAGAGCCGGAAUAAAAGUGUUACCUCAUAUCAUCAACGCUUGUGUGUUUACCAGUGCAUUCUCCGCUGGAAAUAGCUACCUCUUUUGUGCCUCUCGGGUGCUGUAUGGCCUCGCCCUACGUGGACAAGCACCAAGGUUCCUCGCGUACUGCACGAAGAAUGGCUUACCCGUCGCAGCUGUCAUUGCAUCGUCAGCAUUUGCGUUUCUAUCUUUCAUGAACGUGUCCAGUGGAUCUGAGACAGUAUUCAACUGGUUCGUGAAUCUGUCUACGGUUGCUGGAUUCUUUUUAUGGUGGUCCAUAAACAUCACGUAUACUCGAUUUAACCGUGCCAUGAAGGUUCAGGGGUACGACGUUACUGCGAACGUAUAUCACAAUCGCCUCCAGCCCUACCUCGCAUAUUGGGGCAUCUUCUGGACGACCAUAUUCAUUUUGAUUAAUGGGUUUGAAGUAUUUUUCGACUUCCAAGCCGACGAUUUCGUCACAGCAUACAUUAAUAUCCCUAUAUUUUUUGCUCUGUUCUUGGGUUACAAGAUCAUUGGACGUACGCGGUUCUGGAGGGCCCAUGAAAUGGAUUUGUGGACGGGCGUACCAUCUAUCGAAGAGACAGAGAGCCCCGAAGUACCCCCCACCACGGUGUCAGAAAAGAUUGCUGCUUUCUUGUUCUAA